CUACUUCUUCAUUUUUGCUUUUUGGUCAGAGGUUGACUGUGCCUUCUUGCCACAGUCUGGCAAUGCCUGUGGAUUUCAGUGGAACCUGGAACCUUAUCAGCAAUGACAACUUUGAAGGUUAUAUGGUGGCCUUAGGUAUUGACUUUGCAACACGCAAGAUAGCAAAAAUGCUGAAGCCUCAGAAAGUGAUCAAACAAGAUGGUGAUUCCUUUUAUAUCCAUACCACUAGCACAUUCAGAGAUUAUUUGACUCAGUUCAAAAUUGGAGAAGAGUUUGAAGAAGAUAAUAAAGGCCUGGAUAACAGAAAAUGUAAGAGCAUAGUUACCUGGGAAAAUGACAAACUUGUUUGUGUCCAGAUUGGUGAGAAGAACAACAGGGGCUGGACUCACUGGCUUGAAGGAGAUGACCUCCAUCUGGAGCUUCGUUGUGAGAAUCAAGUAUGUAAACAGGUCUUCAAGAGAGCUUGAAUAUGUGUACUGGUUCCUACAUGGAGGAAAUAUACAGGAGACUAUGCACCCUCAUGUCCAGUGAUGGCUGUACAGACAAGAACUGAUGCCUUGUACCUAUUAACCUAAAUGGCCUGAUGUUUCUGGCUCAGGAAAUAAGUCUGCUGUUGCCAGUGUUAAAGAUCUG